UCUGUUCCUUACUCUCACGUUAAAAACAGACUGGGAUGUGACUUCAUGCUGCAGCGUCAAAUACAAAUUCAUCCUGUCAGCUAUCAGGAGAGCUUCCAGUGUCAGCUGGUGUAAAGAUGCGAUUCCUCUGGGCUUGUGUGAUUGACUGUUUCCACAAGACUUUAUGAGAAGCCUUUAGAAGAAAAGUUGGGCAGAUUUAUUGAUAACCUUCUUUGUGGACGAGGGACGUUUUCUUGAUAUCAAAGACAUCAAAAAUGUCAGCUGCAGAGGCCUUCGUCACCCUGGCAACCACAGACCCCUACUGCAUGGGAGCCACAGUGGUGGCCAGCAGUUUACGGCGGCAUGGGACAACUCGCAGCAUUGUCGUCAUGGUUACGACAAAUAUUUCAGAGGAGUGGCGGCACACCCUCCAGGAGGUGUUUGAUGAGGUCAUCGUGGUGGAUGAGAUGGACAGUGAGGACCACCUCCGUCUGUCCUGGCUGAGACGUCCUGAGCUAGGCAUCACCUUUACAAAGAUCCACUGCUGGACCCUGACACAGUACAGUAAAUGUGUCUUCCUGGAUGCGGACACGCUGGUACUGUGUAACGUGGAUGAGCUGUUCGACAGGGACGAGCUGUCGGCCGCUCCUGAUCCCGGCUGGCCCGACUGCUUUAACUCUGGAGUGUUUGUCUUCAGACCGUCCCUGCAAACCCACGACAGGCUGCUGGAUCACGCCCUGCAGCACGGCAGCUUUGAUGGAGGAGACCAGGGUCUGCUAAACUCUUUCUUCAGCAGCUGGUCAGUGGAAGACAUCCAUAAACACCUGCCAUUCAUCUACAACCUCAGUGCCACCUCAGUCUACAGCUACCUCCCUGCUUUCCACCAGUUUGGCCACAAUACAAAGAUCGUCCACUUCCUGGGACCGGCUAAACCCUGGAGCUCCAGCACCAGCCAUUCACACACUAUGGAAGGUUUUGUCUCCCUGUGGUGGAAGGAAUACCUCAGUCAAACAUCACCUCUCCCAGUGACUCAGCCCAGUCAGGACGGAGAGAAAACACAAAUCGAAAAUCAAGAGGCCAACAUGCAGCUUAGAGAAAACCUGGACAGCACCAAUUCACUGCUCGCAAAUGUUUCACUUGAGCCUCCUGCUGAACCACAGACGUCAUCCCAUGCAGGUAACACAGAGGAGACAUUUGGGGUCCAGGACUCACCUAUGGGUGCAGAGGGCAAAGACGGAGCCGACACUGAUUUACAACAUCAGGCUGUCGACAGAGAGCAUCAGCAGCGGUGGGAGGCGGGACAAGCUGAGUACCUGGGCAGAGACUCCUUCCAGAACAUUCAGAGGAUGCUGGACCGCUUCCUGGAUUAAAACACAUCUGUAACCUGAACAGACCUGUCAUUUUUAGUAACUGGCACCUACUGAUACUGGAAUUCAAUAAUCAAUAACAAUAUCAAUAUUGGAGCGCAGUGUUUUUAACCAUUAAUCUGGUGGCAUUUUAACAUAUAAGCACCUCCAUGGUCACUGUUAUGUAAAACUGAGGUCAUUUCAACUUUUCUGUAUCACUUACCAACAUGACACAAGUGAAUGCCAUCAGUUCUACAUAAAGACCACAGCAGCUUGUUUCAUCACUGUAAUAAAUGUAAUAUUUCAGUCAUCUUUUGGUUUAAUAAACUACAACGCUGUGAACGAGACCAUUUUAAGGCAUUAAGGAGAUUGAGCUUCUCGUAUCAGUUCAGCUCAUAUAAUUAUAUUCAUGUCAGCUGUUGAAUAAGUGAAUAUCAAACAAAAUGCUUUACAUACUGUACAGAGUUUGAGCUAACGGGAAUCAAACUGAAUAUUCUGUUAUCUAAAUGAACGUGCAUGUGGGACUUUAUAAAACAGGCAGUGGAAUUUAUUUGCUCUCUAAUAACAUUAAAUGAUGAAAUUGAUGUGAAAAUGUAUCAGUGGACUCACUAAGAGAAGCAAUGAGGAGAAGUGGUGCUCAGCUGAGAUUCCCAAAACAUCAACUGUGAGCUGAAAGGAGA